GAUGGCAUCACGUGUACUGGCAAUGAAGACAACAUACUGGACUGUUCCUAUGACUCUGUCAGUAACUGUGACCACUCAGAGGAUGCUGGAGUCAUCUGUGGUGCAGUUUGUCUCAAUGGAACUGUUAGACUAGCAACUGAGGAUAUCAAUGAAUUUUACCAAGACCCAGACACCCUGGAUGAUGAUUACUUUAUCAAAGAUGAGUUAGCCAGAGGCAGAGUGGAGGUGUGUGUUGAAGGGGGUUAUGGUACAGUGUGCGAUGACUACUGGGAUUCACAAGAUGCUUCUGUUGUUUGCUCACAACUGGGAUUCUCUCCUUAUGGAGCCAUUGGUAUCAUUGGAGGCCAUUUCAGUAAUGCAUCAGUACCAGUAUUGAUUGGUAAUGUGAGGUGUGCUGCUAAUGAGAGUAGUCUUUUUGACUGUUCGUAUGAGACAAGUGCUCAUGAAGAAGUGAGCCAGUGUGAUCCUAAUCAAGUGGCUGCAGUCGCUUGCCUAGAUUCUUCCAUUGGGUUUGCUAAUUGUACAACAGGAGAAGUCAGAUUUGUAGACUUCACUGAUAACCCAGAAGAGGAUUCUCGACAGGGAACUAUCCAGAUCUGUAUCAAUAAUGCCUGGGGCUCUGUUUGCAAUGAUCACUUCUUUGACAGCACAGAUGCUGAAGUAUUUUGUGAUCAACUUGUAGGCUUUAGCACUGAUGGGGCUUCUGAACUCCAAGGGACAGAUGUAACAACCAGCUCAGCUCCUCUGUUUCUCAGUUCUCUGGACUGUGAUGAGAUGGACCAGUCUCUGCUCUAUGACUGUUCUCAUGAUGAAGUUGGCCUUGCAUCUUGUGACGACUUUGGGUCUGCUGUGGUUAAAUGCUUCAAUAUUGAUGAGUGUGCCGAGAACACUGACAACUGCUCUCAGAAUUGCUCUGACACUCUUGGUAGCUACCAGUGUGUCUGCUACGAUGGAUACACUCUGGACUCUGACCAACACACUUGCAAUGAUAUCGAUGAGUGUGCGACAGGGAACAACUCGUGUCAUGCCAAUUCACAAUGCACCAAUACUGAUGGUGGAUAUGAGUGUGAAUGCCUCCCUGGUUUUGAUGGAGAUGGCUUCAAUUGCACAAACAUUGAUGAGUGUGCUGAAACCAAUCGCAACAACUGUAGUGCUAGUGCCAACUGCACCGACACCUUUGGAAGUUAUGAGUGCACUUGCUCAGUGGGCUACACUGGAGAUGGUUAUCUGUGCACCGAUGUCGAUGAGUGUUCCAAUGCAACUGCAUGUCAUCAAUAUGCUCAUUGCAACAAUACAGUUGGUAGCUUCAUUUGUUCGUGUAUGGAUGGAUACGACGGUGAUGGAAUGACCUGUGAUGAUAACGAUGAAUGUGUGUUGGGGACUGAUCUAUGCCACGAGAAGGCUGCAUGUAACAACACUGUGGGGUCUUACCGAUGUACAUGCAUCGUGGGAUACUCGGGAGAUGGAUUCAACUGCAGUGAUUAUGAUGAAUGUGCUUUGGGGAUUGACUUAUGUGACUCGCAUGCUGACUGCACUAACACCAUUGGAAGUCAUGAAUGUGCAUGCAGAAUCGGAUAUAAUGGAGAUGGAAUCAGCUGCGAUUGCGGAGACGGGGAGGUUCUUCUGUAUGAUGGUAGUCGACUCUCCACCAACCACUCCAAUGGAACUGUACUGGUUUGUCUGGACAAUGAGUAUGGCACUGUGUGUGACGACUGGUGGGACCCUCUGGAUGCCACUGUUGUGUGUACUCAGCUGGGAUUCUCAGCUACUGGCUCUCUGCCAGUGGUCCGCUCUGGUCUGGGCAGUCCUCCUAACAGGUCUAUCUUCCUGGACAAUGUGGUGUGUACUGGAGGAGAGGCCAACCUCACAGAGUGUGGCUACACCACCAUCACUAACUGUGACAGAUCUGAGGAAGCUGGAGUCAGAUGUGAAGCAACUUGUCUUGAAGGAGAUGUCCGAAUAGGAGUUUACAACUUCACUAACUUCUUUAUUAACAUCGAUCAAUAUGAUGAUUACUAUUUCAUCAAGGAUGAAAUAGCUCGGGGCAGAGUUGAAGUUUGUACAGGAGGUAGUUUUGGAACAGUUUGUGGUGAAGAUUGGGAAAAUGAAGAUGCUUCAGUUGUCUGCUCUCAACUGGGAUUCUCCUAUUAUGGAGCAAUUGCAUCGUCCACUGGUGUUUUUGAGGAUGACAUAGAAUCCACCGUGCUUUAUAGUGUAGAGUGCUCUGGAAAUGAGACUGAACUACUGACUUGCUCAUAUUCUCUCUCGGGAUUAUGCACGGAGCAUAAUGCUGCAGUUAUCUGCCAAGGUGAGGAACCAGAAUGUAACUUUAUUGUUCCUUGACUUUUUGUUAUGCAGAUCCAGCAACUAAUUUAUAUAACUGUACUGACGGAGAAUUGAGACUGACUGGGGCUAUCACCACUAACCAGGGCAGACUGGAAGUGUGUAUAAAUGGAGCAUGGGGCAGUGUCUGUGAUAGUAAGCGCGUUUUUACUUCUGAUGAGGCCAAAGUGGCCUGCAGGCAGCUUGGAAAACUACAAGUCGAAGAUGAAGUGAAUGUAUUGAGAGCCAGUGAUUUUGGAGAACCGACUGGACCAAUUUUCCUUGACCUGAUAGACUGCAGUGGUGAAGAAGAGAAUCUUCUGAACUGUGGAAGUACUGAAAUACACAUGUGCAGUCAUGGAGACGAUGUUGCCAUUAUUUGCCAUCCUGCCAGUGAAUGCGAAAUAGAGAAUGGCAGUUGUGAUCAUUACUGCACUGAGACAUUGUACAGCUAUACGUGCUCCUGUUAUCCUGGGUACACUCUGCAGCAAGAUGGUCACACGUGUGUUGAUCUGGACAAUUGUUCUUCUGCUGGUGAUGUUCGACUGGUGAAUGGCUCCACUGCCUAUGAGGGUCGAGUGGAGGUGUGCUCUAACAACACAUAUGGUACAGUCUGUGAUGACUCAUGGGAUGAACUUGAUGCCAGAGUC